CACAACACCUGACGCGGCGCGCCCCCUGCUUCAAGCGAGCCGAGAGGAAGGAGCCAGCCAGCAGCCAUGGCUCCCUCCACCUCCACCACCGCGUCGCCGCUCUCCCGCAUCCUUCUCAGCCUCCCGAAGCCCAACACCGCCCAACCCUCCCGCUGCGCCAAAGCGCCGACCACGGACUCCGCCGCGGCCGCGGGCGCCAAGAAGAAAAACCUCGUCUUGAGCCGGCGCGAGGCCGCGGCCACGGCGCUCUCCACCGUCCUCUCCCGCGUCCUCCCCGCCGUAGCCGCUGAGACCGACGUCGCGUCGGCCGCCACAGGCGAGUGCGCUCUCGAGACGACCCCCUCCGGCCUCGCCUACUGCGACCGCGUUGUCGGCGCCGGCGCCGAGGCCGUCAAAGGGCAGCUCAUCAAGGCGCACUACCGGGGGAUGCUAGAGGACGGCACGGUGUUCGACAGCAGCUACGGCCGCGGGAGGCCGCUCACCAUCAUGGUCGGCGUCGGGGAGGUGAUCAAGGGAUGGGACCUCUGCAUCGCCGGCGGCGAAGGGAUCCCGCCCAUGCGAGUCGGUGGGAAGCGGAGCCUGAAGCUGCCGCCGGAGCUGGCGUACGGGGAGAAGGGGGCCGGCUGCAGGGGGUGGGAGCCCACGUCCUGCGUCAUCCCGCCCAACUCAACGCUCCUCUUCGACGUCGAGUACGUCGGCAGGGCAUCCUCAUGAGAUCUCCAUGGAUGCCGCUCCAAUGUCUCGGUUUCUCACUAAAUCCAUUCCAGAUCAGUACACGCAAAUUGGCAACAUUUCUUUUUGGUGAAGCACUAGUACAUAGUAUUGCUAGUUAAGUUAAGAAACAACUUCCAGCACAACGGCUGAACGACGAGUGAUAUUGUUAUUUCACCAUUAUCCUGCCUCGCACUCUCCCACUGAGCAGCAAAUAUCCAAUGUCACAAAAUCA